AUGAACAAUAUCAGUGAUAUUGUGUAUGAAAACGCAUCAUUCUAAAUGGUUUGCCAAAGUAAGCAUAAUCAAUUAGAUAUUACAUACUUCUUGUAUGUUAUAGAUGACUAUUUGAUCUUGAGUCAAGUAUUUCAUGGAUAAUAUUAGUAAAGGAACUUAAUUCCUAAUAACCGAAAUAUGUUCUUCAAAUCAAUCUUUAGUAAAAAAUCUACUGGAACCAAGAUAAGCAAAAAAUAACACAAAUGGGGUUUGAAUAUAGGGAGGAAGUCAAGUAUUUCGAAGGAAACUGUGAGGAAUUUAAAUAGCUAAAGAAAUUUCUAAGAAAUAGAGUAAUGUAUAGAGAUGUGAGCGAUUUCUAUUUGCCCAUGAAAUAAUUAGGGAGAGGAGGCUCUUCAAGAGUACUCUAUUAUUUAUAAUUCAAAGGUUUACUUAGUAAUGGAAAAAUGUGACAAACAAGAAUUCGCAUCCAAAAAUGUAGAGAAGAGAUAUCUAAAAGAAGAUGGAGGCUUUGUAUAAAAUUGUGUUUAUAGUCAAAUUAGGAAGCGUUGUUUAAUGAAAUUAAUUUGAUGGCAGCACUUAAUCAUGAAUAUAUAGUAAAAAUGGAGGAGGUUUAUGAAGGAGAGACUACAUUUUAUAUCAUUUUAGAAUACUUAAAAGGUAAUUCCCUUCAUGAAUUGAUUUCAAAAGGAAUCAUAUAAUUGGGUUGGGAUGAAAUUAAGUCUAUCUUGUUUGUAAUCAUUUCAAGUAAAUCCUUAGUCAAUUUUAACUGCAGUGGCUCACAUGCACUCUCUGAAUAUAAUGCAUCGAGAUUUAAAGCCAGAAAACAUCAUGUUUAAGAAACCAAACGAUAUACAUGGAUUGAGGAUAGUAGAUUUUGGAUUAGCUACAUGGCAAACUGCUGCCACCUACCCUUUCCCCAAGUGUGGUACUCCUGGAUAUGUAGCACCGGAAAUAGCCAAUCUCAAAGAUCUUACAUGCAAAUAUGAUAAGAUUUGUGAUAUGUUCAGUGUUGGCUGUAUAUUCUAUAAAUUGUACUAUUAUCCUAACUCUUAGAAUCACAUCCAAAGAUUUGUUUCCAGGGAAUGACUAUCAUGAAAUUCUCAAGUUGAACAAGAAAUGCAUCGUAAACUUAGAUACUCUCAGUCUCUAUUCAACUCCUUAAUCAGCCUUAGAUCUAAUAUCUUAAAUGCUCUAGGCUUUGCCCCAAUAAAGGAUUUCAGCAUAAUAGGCUUUGAAUCAUCCCUUUUUUACAGGGUCUUUCAUCGAUAGAAAAAUGAAAUUCCAAUAAUCGAAAAAGCAACUCAACAAUAAUAGCAAACCUUGGUAAACAUCAACCUUCAAAACUGAAAAAUCUGAUAGACUUUAAUUACCAGAAAUCAAAUAAAAAUCUAGAUAAAAAGAUGAUGAAAACCUAGAAGAAGAUUCUUCCAGAAUUAGAGUUCCAACCUUAAAUAGUCCAAGAUUAGCAUAACAUGCAAAAAAAAAAAACUUGGCUCUAAAUGAAAAUUCCCCAACUGAAUUUCCUAAGAAAAGCGCUUUUAAGAAAUUCGCAACUUAGGAUUUUGAUCCAUUAACACCUGAUACUCAAUCACCAGAUUCUGGGAGAUUGAAUUACAGUAAUAGUCCUCGACUUAUUUAAUAAAGUGUAAUAAAAAGAAAAUUCACUUACUCGAAAUUCAAUUAAUAAAGAUAAUAAGCCAUAUAUGAAGUUGAUGACGAAUAGAAGCAUUGA